UCAGCAUUAACAGACCUUGUGACUUAACUCUCACUUUUAAACAGGGAAAAAUGAACCAUUUUCACACACACAACACCUGCUGUGUGAAGGAUGUGCAGUCUAUGGAGGCAGUUUCUAGGCCCUUAAAUCAGGGAAUUGUUGCUAUCUGCAACAUCUGCAAGUCCCUCAAGAUAGCUCAUGUCAGUUCUACUGGCAUAUGCUCCAAUUACAAACAAAUUAGGAAGAAUAUUGAGGAUGCUGAGCAGUGCUUGAAAACAUCAGAGACAAUGAUUAAAGAAAAACUGGGAUAUUUGGAUGAAUGCAUGGAGCAGCUUAUUAGAGAGAAACAAAAUGUUGAACAGCAGAAAAAAGAGAAAAGCCUGGCCAUUAAAAAUUUGCUCAUAAAGAAGAAAUCUGUUGAGGAGUCAUUAAAGCAAUCCAAAGCAGCUUUGGAGCAGGCUGAAAAACAUAUAGAAUCAACAAAUUAUGCCAUAAGAGCACAUCGAGAAAAGAUGAGUACAUGCGAUGAUGUAGCAACUGCAGGGGCAAUACUGCUUGCAGUACCAAUUAUUGGAUGGAUUGCUGGUCCAAUAAUGAUAAAUGAGGGACAGCAGGGAUUUGAAGAAGCUGCAAAUGCCUUGAGAGAUGCUGAAUGGGAGAGACAAAACUUUGUGUCACAAGUGAGGAACUUUAAUGAAAAAGUGCUUCAUUACAAGAGAAUAAUCUCUAGGACACAGAAUGAAAUUAGGGAAACCAAUGAGGCACUGAAGAUAACUGGGAGGAAGACUGAAGAGGUUCAAAAGCAUCUAACAGGCACAGCUGAUAUUCAGCAAAUGGUCAGGAGAGUUGUGUACCUUCUGAGUGUUCUUAGUGGAAGAGUCGCAGUACUGGAGAGGCAAACACAACGUUUCAUCCUCUGGCAGCCUGUGGUAAAGGUCGUGGAAGAUGUGAUGAAGGCAAUAGUAAAUAUCGCUGAGAAUCAGCUCCUCUAUUGUAAUAGUGCACCAGGCCUUAUUAAUACUUUGAGGGAGAAUGUUGAAGGUUUACUGGCUUUAUGCAACUCACCCAGUAAUUCUAAUUAUGACAGCUAUUACUGAUCAUCUCAAUUCUGAGAUUUUCCAAAUAUGUCAUGAUUCUGAGGUUAGUUUUUAACAGCAGAUGGUGCUGCUCUAAGCAUUUAACCACACAAAUGCUUAUGAAAAAGAAUGUUUUUAUGAUGCGAGAUUAAUGCAACAGCCCACUGUCAACACCCUUGUAAUUCACUUCAACCUUUUUGAACUUGGUAUGAAUAUUUUAGGCUCAAGCAUGUUGAAUUGGAAGCAAGCAGAGAAUGGCUGUUUCUAAAACACGCAAUGGCAUCUGCUGUUCAAAACUCGAUCAAGAAUCAAUUCGAGAGACAAUAACAAUGCAUUCGGAAAAUUUCAGAAUCGAUUCACGGUGCAUUGAUUUAUCGUUGCAACCCUAACUCACAUAGCAAAAGCUUAUAGAAAAAGGGGGUUUUGGUGCUUUUAGAAACCACUCAAGUGACUUUGAAAAUUGUUUUUGAAAGUUAGCUCUCUACAAUGCAAAAGGACAAUCUCUACAAUGAUACAGUAUUUAAUGGCUUUUUAACUCCCCAUAUCUAACAAAACAGAGAAAGUAGGACAUUGGACUAUAUUACAAAACCAUUCAUGCAAUUAUGUUGUAAAUUCACAAAUGCUGAUUUUAAUUACAAUGUAAAUGAGUUCAAAUUUUACUUAUGCUUAUGCCAAGUUACUUAUGCUGAAACUGCAUUUUAAUGAGUAACUUACUUAAUUCUCUUCAUCCCAAGUGAGACAUAAGGCCAUAACUAACUCUCUCUAUCUGGGUCUGUCUUGGGCUUUGUGCUUCCUCCCAUGAGAGCCCUAUUUCUUCUAGCUCUGUCUCCACUGUCCGUCGCCAUGUUGUUCUUGGCUUGCCACGUUUGCGUUUGCCAGGUGGUGUCACUUUGGAUAUCCUUUCACAUCUGAAGUACACGACCAAGCAAUCUUAAUCAGUGUAUCUUGAUCUCCUAAGAUAUAUUAUUUGGUCUUGUAUUUUUUUUACAGAUUGAUAUUGGAAAUGCUAUUGGGCCAGUGUAUGUUACAGAUCUUUAUAUCUUUUGGGGCUCUGUUAUCAGUGCUAAUAACCCUACCAAGAUAUGUGAACUCAUGCACAUCCUCGGCUGGCUCUUCCUCAGUGGUAACUGGGUCAAGAAUGAGAGCACUGAUACGCAUGAUCUGCAUCUUCUGCUUAUUUAUAUGUUUAGCAUAUCUGCUCAGCAUAUUUGUUUUUUCCUGAAUGUGAGUGCAUGUGGCUGAAAUUACUGCCAUAUCAAUGGCAAAGUCAAGAUCUUUCAAAUGGGAGAAGGGAGUCCAUUGAAUGCCGCAGUCAUGGUCAGAAGUUGUUUGGCACAUAACCAGGGCCAGCUAUUUUGGGGCCCUGUCUUGCAGUGAAUAGUGAAGCAUUGCCAUUGCAAACCAGCAACACAUUUUACACAUUUGCCAGUGCAAGAUGCAUUCAGUUAAAGCAGCUCAAUAAUGCAUUUUAGACUGGGACUAAAAGGGACUUAAAGGAUAAGUCCAAUUCCAGAACAACAAUUUACAUAUAAUGUACUCACCCCCUUGUCUUCCAAGAUGUUCAAGUCUUUCUUUCUUCAUGCGUUAAGAAAUUGUGUUUUUUGAAGAAACAAUUUCAGGAUUUUUCUCCAUAUAAUGGACUGAUAUGAUGCCCGAGUUUCUGGGAACCAAAAGCUAAUGUUCCCAGAAUGUUCUGGGAACCAACAAUUGUUAGCUGGGCCAUUUCCCAGUUCAAAAGUGCAUAAGUUACCUCUCAAACAUACAUAUCUUAAUUUGAUGUUGCAAGAUGAAUGAAUUGUAUUCAUUUUGUUCUGAAGCUCUUACUUUACGUGGAUUUUAUAUCAGGAAUUGUACUGGUUUUAAUGGUAACUGUAUUGGUGCCUUUUGGUCUCUACUGGUAAAACUACUAAAUCCUAAUGUAAUGUUAGGGGAGGCAUGCCCCAAAACACACUGCAGGAAACUAAUAGUAAGAAAUUAAUAGUUUUAAUGGUUAAAAGUUGAGGGUUUGUAAUGUUUGUAAUAGUAUUUGUAGUGGACAUCAUUAGAAUUUCUGUGAUGGUUUCUAUACCCUGAUGAAAAUUAACCAUGGUUUUAUUAUAGUAAAAGUGUAGUAAUGCAUUUUUUGUACAUGUAGGCUAAGCUUUUUAAAAUUUAGUGCAAAGUUGGUGCUUAAUGAAAAUGUAAUUGGUAACAUUUACAAAAUCAGGUGAUUAUGUUCACCCAUCUAUGCAAAUCUAAUGGUUUCUCUUUUGUUGUUGUUGUUGUGUUUUUAUUUAUUUUUUAUUAUUAUUUAUUUUUUGUAUUUCAGGGAUACCUGCACUGAAUGGCCAAUUUCUCAUGUAUUUUG